UUAAAGCUUUAUUCUGUAAUAAACUCUGUUCUUCAGGUGGGUUGUAUGAUGAAGAUGAAUUGACACAUGUGAUUGAGGGAGAUUCGUUCACUCUGAACUCUGAUCUUACUGAAAUGAAGGAGGAUGAUGUGAUUCAGUGGAGGUGUGGAUAUUAUGAAGACACUUUAAUAGCUGAAAUCAAUAAACAGACCGACAGCAUGACUGUAUACGAUGAUGUUCUUGAUGGGAAAUUCAGAGACAGACUGAAGCUGAACACACGAACUGCAUCUCUGACCAUCACAAACAUCACACCUGAACAGAUUACAUAUUUUACACUACAGAUCAACGGUGUGAGAAAGAGAAAGGUCAAUGUCGGUAUCUAUGGACUGAAGUCAGUGUCAGUGAUGAAGGGAGAUUCAGUCACUCUAAACUCUGAUCUUACUGAAAUUAAGGCUGAUUAUGAAAUUGAGUGGAAACUUUCAGAUGAUGAUGAUAAUUGGUGGUCUAAAACUUUAUUAGCUGAAAUCAAUAAACAGGCCGACAGAAUCACUGUAUUUAAUGAUGUUCUUGAUGGGAGAUUCAGAGACAGACUGAAGCUGGACAAUCAAACUGGAUCUCUGACCAUCACAAACACCAGAACUGAAGAUACUGGAGAAUACUAUCGACUGAUCAGAGUAAAGAACAGCGGUUCUGGGAAGACAUUCUUUCUUGCUGUCUUUGGUGAGUUAAAUAUUUGCUUCACCAUUUUAUUUUUUUAAUCGCCAGUUUAAAAAAAGUUUUAAUUGCCAGAUAAAAUAUUAACCCACACACUAUUUUGCUUCUUUUCUGUCUGUUUUUGAUUUAUGAUAUUAUUUACUUGAAAUUGAAAAAUCAAAUUAUUUACUUUUAUAAACAAUCAUGGAGUUAUUUAAAAGUCUCUCUACUAAACUCUGUUUCUGUUUCUCUCUGUGUUUGGUGAUACAGAUGAUAUAUCAGUGAUUGAGAGAGAUUCAGUCACUCUAAACUCUGAUCUUUCUGAAAUAACGGGUUAUGAUUGGAUUCGGUGGAG